UUUUCUGGCUCAAGUCUAAGGUUCAUUUCCCGCCCUCACAGACCCAAUUCCGAAAUCGAAACUGCACCGGUCUCCAUGCAGAAGGCGCCCGCAUCCUCGGGAUCUUCCUGCCUCCAACAGGACCCUGCCCUGACCCCCACGCCCACCAUGCCUCCUCCAGAGGACCCUUCCGAAGACCAUGAACACAACCAAAGCCCCGAGGAGCAAGCCAUGAAGGAAGAAUUCCAGUUUCUGCGCUGCCCGGGCUGCCAGGCCCAAGCCAAGUGCCCCAAGCUGCUGCCUUGCCUGCACACGCUCUGCUCGGGAUGCCUGGAGGCGCCGGGCCUCCUGUGCCCCAUCUGCCAAGCGCCCGGGCCGGCCAGUGCUGAUGCGGAGGCCCUGGAUAAUGUGUUCUUCGAGAGCCUGCAGCGGCGCCUGGCGGUGUUCCGGCAGAUCAUGGACGCGCAGGCUGCGUGCACGCGCUGCAAAGAGUCUGCUGACUUCUGGUGUUUCGAGUGCGAGCAGCUCAUGUGCGGCAAGUGCUUCGAUGCACACCAGUGGUACCUCAAGCAUGAGGCCCGUCCCCUGGCCGAGCUCCGCAGCAGCUCAGUGCGCGAGUUCCUCGACGGUACGCGCAAGUCCAACAUCUUCUGCUCCAACUCCAGCCACCGCACCCCUACGCAGACCAACAUCUACUGCAGAGGCUGCGCCAAGCCUUUGUGUUGCGCAUGCGCGCACCUGGACCGCGGCCACAGCAAUCUCCAUUGCGAAAUUGGUGAGGAGAUCGAGCAGCGGCAUGAGGAGCUGGGCACCAUGAUUCAGGAGCUACAGGAACAGGACAAGACCUUCGACGAUGCUUACGCACAGAUGCGCUCAGCCAUAGGCCAGCUGGACCACGCACGCGCAGACACCGAGGCGCGGAUCCGUGCGCGCGUGCGCCAGGUAGUAGAGCAUGUGCAGGCACAGGAGCAAGAGCUGCUCGAGGCUGUAAAUGCGCGAUACCAGCGCGACUACCAGGAGAUAGCCGGUCAGCUGGGCCGCCUGGAAGCGGUGCUGCAGCGCAUCCGCACUGGCGGGGCGCUGGUCGAGAGAAUGAAGCUCUAUGCCUCUGACCAGGAGGUGCUAGACAUGCACUGUUUCCUGCGAGAGGCGCUCCGCCGCCUGCGCCAGGAGGAGCCCCAGAACCAGAAAGUGCAGCUGCGCACCAGUGGCUUCGAGGAGUUUAAGACGUGCCUGCAGGACCUCAUCUCGUGCAUCGCCCGGAAGACUGCUGUAGCCAGGAGAGCCAGCCCAGAGGCAGCCAGCACUCCCGUGGACUCUUUUGACCUUGAGCAGCCUAAAGAAGUACAGAGAGCACAGGCUCAGGCCCUGGAGCUGUCUCAGACCCAAGCUGUGGCUGUGGUGAAGUCAGUGCCUGGAGCGCACCCCGUGCCAGUGUAUGCCUGCUCUAUGACAGCCCCCACCUAUAAAGAGGAGGCCUCUCAGACACAACUUCCCAUGAAGAGGAAGUGCAACCACACAGAUUGCUCCAGGAAGAUCAUCAAGAUGGAGUCCACAGGGGAGAAGGAGGACGGGUUGGCCACAAGCUCUCCUGAACAGCCCAGGCCCAGCACUUCCAAGGCCAUCUCACCUCCCCACCUGGAUAGGGCUUCCAGCCCUGAGAGCUCCAUCCUGGAAACAGAGACCCUCCUGCCCACCAACAACCAUGUUGCCAGCAACACAGGGGAAACAGAGGAUCGAAUCGUGGUGAUCAGCAGCUCGGAAGACUCAGAUGCCGGGAAUCUGUCCUCCCACGAGCUGGAUGACAGCAGCAGCGAGUCCAGCGGCCUCCAGCUGGAGGGUCCCAAUUCCCUCAAGGCACUGGACAAAAGCCUCGCCGAGCCCUGCUCAGAAGACAGGACCCUGGUUUUCUUUGACCUCAAGAUUGACAAUGAAACCCAGAAAAUUAGCCAGUUGGCAGCUGUGAACCGGGAAAGCAAGUUCCGAGUACUCAUCCAGCCUGAGGCGUUCAGUGUCUACUCUAAGGCCGUCUCCUUGGAGGUGGGGCUGCAGCACUUCCUCAACUUCCUCACCUCCAUGCACCAUCCCAUCUUGGCCUGUUCGAAGCUGUGGGGCUUCGAACUCCCCAUCUUCUUCCAGGCCCUGAAUGACAUUAAGAGGCUGCAGGAAUUCCAGAAAGCCAUCUCCGGUUUCCUGGCUGUGUUGCCUCUCAUCCGGGAGCGCAUACCUAGCGCCAGCAGCUUCAAGCUCAGGAACCUAGCCAAGACCUACCUGGCGAGAAACAUGAGCGAACGGAGUGCCCUGGCUGCCGUGCUGGCCAUGCGAGACCUGUGCUGCCUCCUCGAGGUCUCCCCGGGACAGCAGCUGGCCAAACACAUCUACCCGUUCAGUAACUUGGAGUGCUUUGCUUCCCUGCGGCCCCUGGUGCAGGCGAGGGUCCUGUCCCAGCCCCAGGCCCGCUUCUUGGCCCUCCACAACGUGAGCUUCCCAGAGUUGCUGGAUGUGUACCACAGGCAGGGGCAAGAGGGGUUGAAGAGGUACCUGAGCCUGCAGAGCACCUCAUGGGCUCCCGCCCACACCCAGCUUGCUCAGUGUCCGCAGGCUCUGAGCAGCUACAUGGAAGGACUGUUGGAAAGGCAUGCCCCGGCCAGGGCAGAAGGCAACUCUGCCAGAAAAGCCUCCCAGCAGAGCUGAAAAUAAGGGGUUCCUGGAUUAGUUGGUGGGCACAGAGGGUGGGGCAUCCCUGAGCCAGGCCCUACCCUUUAAUGCAUUCCCAGGUCCUGGUCUCUUACAGAGUUGUCAUUUAGUUCAGAAUAGGUGCCCUUUCUCUGGGACCAGACUCUCUUUCUCUAAAAUUCCUGCAGCAGACACCAAAGGCACCCCGGACCUAGACGUCCCUCUGGAAGCCAGAAUCAGGGGGACUUGAGUAAAAUAAGCAUGGCCUCUGAACUCCCUGAUUGGCCCUCAUAUGGCCCCACUCACCACCUGCCCUACCACAGGUGGCCUUGCAGCUCUUCUCCGAUGCUCAAUCCAGGUCCCAAGUGACCUGGCUAUAGCCCACAAGUGAUACUCUUAAGGUGACGCUGACCACUAUACCAGCAGCCCCAUGGGCACUCAAAGUGCCUUUCAAACCAAAUUGCCCUUGUGAAUUUGGGUUCUCCCAGCCCCCACUGUCCAGAGGCCGACUGUAUUCACUUUCAUUUUUUUCAAGGAACUUUCAUUCCAAAGUGGCCUUCCAGCAGCAGAGAGCUAGAAGCUGUUGCUCCAUCCAUAUCCCUGUUUCCACACUGACCCUUCAAACUCCGUCUACCAGGCCAUCCGACUCCUCCUUGCACUCAGCCCUUUCUAGAGCCAUCCAGUGGAGCAGCGGCAUGGCGAGCUUGGGAAGGGGAAUCUGUGUGCUCUGCUGGAGGCCUCUGGAGUAGGCCUGCAGUGUUAACAUCUUCUCCAGGCGGCUCUGUAUGCCCAGUUCUGAGCAUCAGUGUUGGGGUGACCACAGUCACCCCAGAGCGAAGCAGACAAAGCUCCUGGCUGUGUACGUUUGAGUGUGAUUAGGGAAAGGCCAGUGUUCUGUGAGGUGGGCUAGCCUGUGUUAGCAUCUCAGGCCCCGGCCUGCUCUUCUAGCCUGGGCUUUUGGGCACAGACAGCAGGUUACUGGUGCAAUAGAGAAGCAUUCUUACUAUGAGCCCUACCUCACUUUCCAAGCCUUCAAUCCCCUACUUUAUGGUCAUCUUGGAGGUCGCCGUUCCCUGGGGUGGCCUGAACUGCUGUUGUCACCUCCUCACCCUGACCCAUCCCCUGCUUCCUGCUCCCAGGGUGUUUUCCAGAUAGCCCAGAGUGCCAGCCUUGACGGCCUGAUGGCCUCUACUUUCAUAUGGGUAAUGGCUGCAUGCCCACACCUCUGACUCAUCCUAUGGUGUUCUAAGGCAGAGGUUCUCAACCUUCCUAAUGGGACCCUUGAAUACAGUUCCUCAUGUUGUGACCCCCAACCAUGAAAUUAUUUUAUUGCUACUUUACAACUAUUUUUGCUACCUAUUAUGAAUCAUAAUGUAGAUAUCUGGUAUGCAGGAGGAUAUCUGAUGUGCAACUCCUGGGAAAGGCUCAUUUGACCCUCCCCGCAAAACGGGUUUUGACCAACAGAUUGAGAACCACUGCUCUAAGGCAUUCUAUAGAAGCUCAUUCCUACCACAGCAACUCUGACAGCUCUCUGCUAGUGCUCUUGUUCUGGGUGGGGCUGAGGAUGGGAGAGGAAAGGAGGUCGAGACUCUAGCCUGGCUGUGCUGGCAAGACAGCGUGGAGCCUUGUCCCCAGUCUAUCCCUGACCAAAACAGGGCUCAGCUGAGGCCCAGCCCCAGGCUGGCUGGAGAUAGGCAGGAGCCAGAGACCAGGACCUGCAGGCACUUCACUGCUGGGUCCUCUCCUGCUUUCAUGUUUCUAGAACUGGCAAUAAAAUCCUAUAAAUUGGAGGUGAGAGGCAGCGUAGGAAAUUGGUGACGCAUGGUUCCCCUGUUGUCUUUGAUAUCCUGGAUGGAACUUAGAACUUUCAAAGCUUCAUCGCACAGCAUCUCAGAUAGUGCUCCCUGGCUGACUGCACAGCCAGGUGGCAGGCUUUUCAGCAACACCACCAUCAUCCCCACUUCCUGUCUGCGUGUGCCCAAGUUCCUCGCCCAGAGCUUUAGUCUCAGCUUGACACCUUGACCAAAAUAUAUCAGUUUAAAUAUG